AGUGGGUGUGACCGUGACACAUGAUUGCCCCUCCCUCUAAAUGCCUAUUGGCUGCUGCCCGUGUCCAUCAUUAGGUUCAGGCUUCGGCUCUUAUCGAAGAACGUUAUGAAGCAGUCAUCAUCUGUGGCAGUCUCACCUGGCCGGCUCCAUGGCAAAACAAUACUUAUUUAUGUAUUUUAAUUUAUUUUCUGUCGUUUUUCUGCAGCUCUCUUUGUCCUUUGAUCAAGUGUCUGCGGUUGUGGAAAAAAGUUUAGCGGGGCCCACAUCCCAAGAUAUCAGGGUUCAAAACAAUGGGUUGGCUGCCCAGAGCCACAGUGCUGCUUCCGAUGGGGAGAGUUCUUCGCUUAUAGCGGAGGACCCUCUCAGGAGAGUCCUGCAGCCUUAUGAGUGGCAGCUGGACUCCCCACACAGAACCAAACGGAGGCUACUGCAGACAUCCAGCAUUCUUCCUUACUCUCCUCUGAGCGUGGUUUACAACAGCAAAACAUGUAUCCUGUUUAGGGCCAGGAAGCUUGCCAUCAGGUUCAGGAACAGCACCGUAGUGGAUCUCACAGAGAAGGCCUUCGGCCCCGAUGCACCAGUGGACACCAAAGGCUCUAUGUGCAGCAAAGACAAAGCUACGCUUGUACUACGUUUCGGAGAUGUGGAGGACUUGAGAGGACUUGCAAUUAGACUACAAAUGUCCAACACAUUCUAUGAGUCGGCAGGGCAGAACUGGUUCACUCUGGACAGCGUACACAUCCACUACAACUGGACCCAUGAGGCAACAUUCAACGCCACCGAUGUUUACGCUCCUAGUACCCACUCCUACCACUGUCAGCACGUCAGCAGUCUGCAGAAGUACGACACGCUACUCGUACCCAGCUCCAUCACAGACAACUCUGCAAACUGGCACAUCACCUUCACAGACUUCCAGAUACAAUCGUUCAAUGUGCUGUCCAACAAGUUUGGCUCAGCCAGUGAUUGCGCUACGUUCUUCACCCCAGCUAUCCUCAUGGGUCUGAUCACCUCUCUAAUCCUUCUCCUGGUCCUGGCCUACGCGCUGCACAUGGUGGUGCACCUCAAACACAUCGACACCUACGAAGAACACAAGACCACCGUCUACUUCCCCCGCAGCACAGAAACUGCAGAAUGCACCGGCGCCGCCAGGACUGGCACUACCAGCUCCACUGCCACUGAGAAAAACAGCUUGUAGGACUCCGUUUCCCAGGAUCCACCUCAGUCUCCACCACUAUGAGUAUACUGUAAACUGUUUCUGUAGGUGUCAGAUAGUGACUAUGCAGGGCCUCUGACUGAAUCCUCUGAUGGCUGGCAGACCGACCGACUGACUAAACUCAAUAGAUAAAGCAACCUCCCAUACUGAAGGGCCUGAAAGACAUGGUGAUAGUCUGAACCUGAUAUGGUUGUCCACUUUUGCAUCACUUUGGCUCAGGCAGUGGUUGUUCAAGCCAGAUAGAUCUAAUCAUUUGUGGCUCAGCAUCAUCUGGUGGAUUUGGAUACAGCUUUGGAGGUGAUCCGGAGACAUUGACCAGUUAUCUGGCAUUGCAAAGCAAAAACAAAGUAAUUAUGUACUCUUGAAUGAAAUUCAAAUGGAUAUAAGAACAAGUAUUUAGUUCCUUGUCAGUACUAUAAAUGCUGGUAUAUAUAUACACACACACACACACACACACACACACAC